AACCUGCUCGCAGGAGGGCAACAAUGGAAUCCGGCGACCAGACUGCACAGCAACUCUCCACAUUCACUUUCAAGGCCUCCGUCCAGCAAUGUUCCUCCUCAACCCCUAAGACCUCCAGCACAACCAGCUCCUCCAAGACCUUCAUGGCCAAGUAGCACAGGUCGACAGAAGCUCAGCGAUCCAGGGACUUGGCACUCAAUGAAUAUCGCGUCGAAAUGGAGCUUCAGGCACAGCGUCAUAGUAACUUGGCUACGAGUACGGAAAAUAUGUACUCGCGGUACCAGCUCCAUUGGAGGGGAUACACGGAUCAUCUCGUAUUCUCAAAACGAUUCCAGGUUUAUAUGGCUGAGAAUUUGGCUGAGAAUUUGGCUGAGGAAACGGAUGAGGAUGAAGAAGGCGGAUCCUUCGAAUGUCGCCAUGCACUCGGAAUCGUAUCCACGAUCCAAAAAAUCAGAGGACUCAUGAAGAGCUAUAGGCUAAGGAUUGCGCGUACCAGGAAGUCGGCUCAUGCGACAAGCUUGACAAUUGAAGACGGGUACGAGCUCGAAUCCCUCAAGCAAAUCAUGCGGAAAGGCUGGAACCAUAACUACCAGCGAUUUCGGGGUGGUCGGCGCCAUAAACUGGUGGGACUCCAUCAACGACUCAAUGCGUCCUGGUCCCAUUUUAUGAUGGCUCGCGGUGAGAAUAUGAGGAUGGCCACAUUUGGAGAUAUCUCAUCGCAUGCUUCUCGUCUCAACUCUCAGGACGAGUACUUUGUCUUAGGGGCCUCUCAUGUCCAUGUGAACUUUUUGUUGCGCACUGUACAAGGAAAGACCAAUCGCGAGGGCAAGGAAAAUUUCGGAGUUGUUUAUGGUGGAUCGCCUUUCGAUGAUGACGGAUGGACUGCGUACUACCUAAUGUCUGGCAAGGAUAACAAGUCCAAGCUGUCGGCUGCAGCCCACUACCGGGCCUCAAAAGAGCUAUGGGAGGAUGCAGGAGUCGUUACCUCGAACCCCACUCAUGCUCAUCGCGGCGCUGGGGCUCGCCAUGCUCAGGAUGCUGGUGCAGAGAUAUCCGCGAUCGAGCAACAUGGUAGUUGGGGUCAUGGCCGCGUCUCGACACAUUACUUGAUCAGAAUCCCACACAAGGUUGCAUUUCAGAUGGCUGGCUGUAUUCAGCACAGCGUCUUCAAAGGACCCUUGUUUUUGGAGUUCAAGGAAACCUUGCUAAGGAGUAUGGAAACCACAAGAUCUCCCAUGACGGACAAUCUCUCCGUCAAUGCCCCAGCUCUCCAUAGCGAAUUCGGCAGGAUGAACAACAGAAUGAGUCGAGUCGAAAGCGAACUUCGCCACCUCUUUCAAGAAAGCAACAACCACACAGCCCAGCAAGUAAAGCGCCCGGAACACCUCCUUGUCAACCAGUUCAGCAACUAUGUCACCCACAACAACAGCUCACCAACAGCACCAGUAGCUUCAGCAGCUCCAGCAACUCCAGCAGCUCCUAGACAGCAGUCCUUGAAGGAGAGGCGGAUGGUGCUCGAAGAAUUAGGGUCCCGAUAUGUACACUAUCCGCCCAUUAGUGUGGAUCUUGUCGACGUUACAAUGCUGCCGCGCAAUGAGCCACUUCAGCGACAAUGGGAUGAAUUGUUCAGAGGCAUAGACGGGCGGCCAGCACUUUGGACCUUGAAUAAGACUUUUAAAUCGAAAUGGCGCAAAGGGCAUGGUAACACGCUGGCGAAAACAUUCUCGCUCAAGAAGACGAUCGUGUACUCCAUCUUGGACUUGAAACUGGACACCGAAAGGGCGACGUUGGAGGCAAGGGAGGAGUCAGCCUUGGAAGCCGUGGAGGAUCAACUGAGGGUCAUGACCUUGAACAGGUAUUACCUGAACGUCGCUAAGGAUAUGGCGCAGCUGGGGCAGCCAGGUCCGCAGCUGGAGGACGAGGAGGAGCAGGAAGAGAAUACCUUGAGGAACACGCGACAUAAAAACUUGAGAUAUACUAAUGCUAGAUAA